UGCGCUUACUUCAGGCGAAGUUAUUCACCUUAUAUUCGUUAUUCAUUAAUCGUUAAUUUAUUACAAACAAGAUAAUAUAAAGUAUGGAAUAGAAUUUAUUUGAUAUAAUCUUUUUAGUAGAUAAAUCGUUAUUCAUUAUUAAAUUCAUUAUUAAAGUUCAUUUGUAUAUUUUGAUAUUGUAAUUUAGAUUACAAUAUGAAUGGUAUGAUAUACAUGAAUUUAUUUGUAUGUACAUAUACGUUGACGCGUGUGUUUGUGUAGUGAGAUAAAUUAGGCUGAAUGCAAAAAAAUUGAAAAUGUUUUCACGUUUUGACUGCGCAAUUAUGUGUUGCGCGUGCAUGUGAAAUUCUUAAGUAAAUUUUUAAGAAAAUGAACGCCCAGGCGCAAGAACAUGGUCAUGCUGUUGUUGUGUGGGAGUGGGAAAAUCGUCACGGACGUUGGAGACCUUAUAGUCCUGCGGUGUCGCAACAUCUUGAGAGAGCACAUUGUAAAAAAUUAACUCGGGUCUUCCUGAAUGAUGCAGAUCCUAGUUUGGAUAGGUAUUAUAUAAAUUUAAAAACUAAAACACAAUGUAGUGAGGAUGGAAAUGAAACGCAUAAUAUUAGAAGAAAAUUUUAUCUUCCAAGUUCGCCAGCUGGUAAAGGGGCUAAAUGGGAGUGGGCUGGUGAUACAGAUGAUUGGCAUACAUAUGAUAUGGAAGUGCAAUGCUUGAUAGAAGAAGCAUGGGCAAGAGGUGAUAAAACUAUUGAUGUGUCUAAGACUUAUUUAGGUUUUCCUUAUAUCAUAAAUUUUUGUAAUUUGACUCAAGUUCGUUGUUGCACUGGAUAUGUAAGAUCGAUACGACGUAUUCAGCAAGCACCUUAUCCUUUAGUCAAAGUUGCUUUAGAAGAAUUACAAGCUAUUUCUGAAAUAAAAGCGACAUCUGUAAUUGUUAAAAAUUUAACUACAAAAAUCACACAUAAAAAGUCAUCUGCUGGAAAUACAAAAAAGAACAAUAAGAAGAGCAAAAGUGGAGAUACCGGUCCAUCAAACAUAGCUCGUGUUAUUUUGAGUAAUUUUAAUAUAUUUAGUAAUAAACAUGGAGUAGAAAAUAAUAAUUCAAUUACAAGCAUUGAAUCUGGACAAAAAAGAAAAACUUGGGAUAGUGCAUUGGAUGUAGAUUCUAGUAGUACAAAAAGUGGACGAAGGCCAAGCGUUGAUACAGUUUCUACAUAUUUGAGUCAUGAAAAUCCAAUAGAUUUAUUGGACAGCAGUGUAGGAAGUGAUGAUGCUUUCAAAGAUGCCAUUUUGAGUGUAGAUACUGAAUCUGAUGUUAUUUCCCAAUAUGUGAAAGUAGUAGAAAGUGAUAAUUGCGACUCUUGUCCUGUCUGUCUGGGUACGCCAGAGCCACUAACAGUAGAGUUAACUCGCUGUAAACAUAGAUUACAUUUAGCAUGUUUGAAUGCAAUGCUUAGUUGUCAACAACCUCCUAUGUAUAUACAGUGCCCUGUUUGUCGUUUAAUUUAUGGUGAAAAAAGAGGAAAUCAACCUCCCGGAACUAUGAAUUGGACAAGAAUACUCCGAGCACUACCUGGUUUUCCGAAUACAAAUACAAUUCAGAUAACCUAUGACAUUCCAUCAGGAAUUCAAGGAAGUGAACAUCCUAAUCCUGGUCAAGCUUAUUACGCUGUAGGCUUUCCACGUAUAUGUUACCUUCCAGAUAAUAAUUUAGGCCGCAGAGUUUUAAGAUUGCUACAAAUUGCAUUUGAACGAAAACUUAUAUUUACAAUCGGACGAUCGAUAACUACUGGAAGAGAAGAUGUAGUAACAUGGAAUGAAAUUCAUCAUAAGACUGAACUGGGACCAUCAACAACUGGUCAUGGUUACCCUGAUAAAAGUUACCUCGAAAGAACAUUGGCUGAACUAGCAGCUCAGGGCGUAACAGAUGGGCAAUCAUCACCUACAUUGUACCAGGAAUUACAAUGAAGUAAUAACUUCUAUUUAAUACAUUAUAUGAGAUCAAAUUUUACAAUUAAUAUUAAAUAUUCAGUAGACUUAUAAUUUAAUAUAAUGCCGUAGAUUCCGCACUGUGUGUUCAGUUAAUGUCACUUUUUUUAAAGUAAUCAAACGAUGAAAAGGUAAUAGUAUUAAAAAUUUAUAACUUGUCCAAAGCCAAUUUUAGUUUCUUAUGUGUAACAUAAUUGUGAUGCACAUAUACUACGCAACGCGACAGACAAUUACGUUAUAUUCAUAUUUUUAAGUUUACUUGCUAGUUUAUUUCUGUUUCAUGUAAUGAUUCAAAAAAGUAGUAAAUAUUUAUAUAUAAACAUUAGUUUUCCUGUAAUGUAUUAGAGAAAAGAAAUUAUACGGAUAUAUGAAUAUAAAUCUCUAUAAGAGAUAAGUGUAUUAAAAUACGAAUAUACGGUCCAUAUGUAUUCUAAAAUAAGAAAAAUACAUAUAUUUUAUAUGGAAUUGAAUCGUGUAAAAUUAUAUAUUUAUAACAAUUUCGUGACCUUUAUAAUUAAUAUAUUCUUAUAAUUUACUGCUAUUCAAUUUUAAAUUACUAUAUGUUGUCAUUCUUUCAAAGAAACAGAUCGUUUUGUAUUUUUUUGAGUAGUAUACGAUAGGUGGCGCGACUUUCAAUCCAAUAAAAUGGCCGAAAAUUGAUUUUUCUACGCGGACGUGAGUUCUAUAAAAUUUAUUACAUUCAAACACGAAUGAACGCCGUAUAUAUUGGGAAACGAUAAUGUUUUAAAAAAAAAAAAAAAAAAACGAAGAUUACAUUGUUACGAAUCGUGAUCAAUUGAAUAUACCUA